AUGACUCAAUCUCUUUCAUGUCGAUGUCCAACACGACAUGAAAGGCAGGAGGCGGCCGCGGCUUUUGGGAUGAAUCUUGGUCACACGUUGAUGGGGUCCAAGAGAAAUUGGCUUGUCAUAUACUUGAUUAUUCCAUUCAUGUUUUCGUCAAUCGUUAAUGGCACCUACAACAACAACUAUUACGACCCUGAAGCUUUAGAUGAUUUAAUUCACAGUCACGCGAAUGAAGCGCUAAGAAAGCAACGUACAGGUACUCUUCACAACAUUUCUUUACCAUCUAAUUUUUCCGGGAUUGAAGCUUCAGUUGUAAGGCUCCGCAGCAGCAGUUUUUGGUCAAGAGGAGCCACUUUCACUACUUUUUAUAUCCCUCCAAGGGUUAUUCCUCUCCCCUAUGUGAAGAGACUAGCCAUUGUGUAUCAAAACUUGGGGAACUGGUCUUCUUAUUACCAUAAAGUGCCUAAUCAUACGUUGGUCGCUCCUGUUAUUGGUUUCGCGGCCUAUGAUUCAUCGGAGUCCAGAGGAUUAGGGAGUGAGAAGCUCAAUUUGAGUUUUAUGGGUGAUCCUGUUCUGAUCUAUUUCCCUGGUAUUGUGCAACAAAAUGAAAACGUGACACUAAAAUGUGUCAUGUUUGGGACUGGUGGGUUUGUUGAGUUCAGCAACGUUACUAGUCAUAACACAUGCAUGACACAAAAUCAAGGCCAUUUCUCCAUUGUCGCCCGGUCUCUGCCUCUGCAAAAGAAGGAAGAGAGGUUGCGGAAAUGGUGGGCGAUUGUGUUUGUUGCCGGGUUUAUUGGUUUGAUUUUGUUGGGUUUGGUUGGGUUGUUUAUCUAUAAACUAGUUAGGAGAAAGCAAAUUACAGAAAUGGAGAAUGAGUCUGAUAAAGGGGUGACGAUCGACACAAUUUGGGUCGGAAGAAGUAAAAUGCCUUCUGCUUCCAUGGUUAGAACCCAGCCGGAGCUUGAGAAUGAGUAUGCUCCUUAG